CUUCAUUCCACAUCUCUUUUGCACAUUCCAUUCCUUCUUUUCUUUUUCUUUUUCUUUUUCUUUUUAUUUUUAUUUUUCUUUUUAUUUUUAUUUUUCUUUUUAUUUAACCUUCAAUGACAUAUUCUAAUAGUGAUCGCGUAGAACUAGGACGUGAUCAACUCAAUGUCGGUCUGGAAAAUAUGUUUAUCCCCGGACCUGGACUUGAAUCUGCGCCCGACAUUACUACAACGCGUCCCUUGACUAGUUAUAGACCCAUCAAAGUACCCAGAGGGACUUAUGUCUAUGCCUCAGCUCCUGCUCGAAUUGACCUUGCAGGAGGAUGGACUGAUACCAUUCCCAUCACCCAUGAGCAUGGUGGCAAGGUUGUCAAUGUUGCUGUCAAAGUGAAUAACACUGCUCCAUAUUCUGUUAAAGCUCGUCGGACGGAAGCUUUGAUUUUAUCACUCUCGUACGACCCAAACAUUCCGCCAAAACAUUAUUAUUCUCUAGACCAAAUCCGAGAUCAUGCAGAUCCUCUCGUACCCUGUGCACUUCUCAAGGCAUGCAUUGUUGCUUCGGGCAUCCUAGGGAUCACAGCCCAAAGACACGAUGAUGUUCCCUUCAAGACCGUUGCAGAUGCCUUGAAACAUACCGGAGGAGGUUUGGAAUUGGUUGUGCGUUCGACCUUACCCAUUGGAUCAGGGAUGGGCACAAGUAGUAUCCUUGCAGCUGCAAUCCUAGCAGUCCUCAAGACUCUUAAAGGAGAAGCCUAUACGACGGACGAUUUGCUGUACAUGACAUUGGAAGUCGAGCAGAUGAUGAACACUGGUGGUGGUUGGCAAGAUCAAGUUGGUGGCGUGUUACCAGGAUUUAAAGUCUCGACUUGCGACAUUGGUCUACCCAUCAAGCUGAAUACAAAGACAAUUGAUGUCUCGGAUGAGUUCAUUCAAACGUUCAAUUCACGACUAUUGUUGAUCUAUACAGGAAAGACUCGACUGGCCAAAAACCUUCUUCAGACCGUGUUAAUGAAUUGGGCUGGUCGAGACGAUGCAGUAGUCAAGACUAUGGAUCAACUUUCAAAAGAUGCCACCCGUUGUGAAAGAGCUCUUCUUUUUCAACAUCAACAUGGAUCCGUUUUCUCAGAAAUAGGAGCAAUCAUGACACGAUAUUUUGCUGCCAAACGACUCCUUUCCAAUACCACAUUGAAUCAUCCUCCUAUCGUCAAAAGACUUUUAGCUCAUUUGGAACCCUUCCUAGAGGGCGCCACGUUAGCUGGAGCCGGGGGCGGCGGUUUCUUGGCCGUUCUGCUCAAACCUGAACAUGAUCGCCAUACUGUGAUAAACAAUGUCAAGAGAGCCAUGGCUAUGGAAAAGGAAAAGGAAAAGGAAAAGGAAAAGGAAAAGGAUAAGGAUAAGGAUAAGAGUCAAGGAGGUACAGCACAAGUAGUAGAAACAGGAGAUGGAAAAGAAGAAAAAGAAGCCAGAACGUCAUCAUCAUCAUCAUCAUCAUCAUCAUCACCAUCAUCACCAUCAUCAUCAUCAUUAGAGGAAGAGAAGGAGGAAGAAGAUUCGAUGUGGAUUUGGGAGGCAACUGUAGACACUACCGGAUUGAUCGUUUAUGUCGGAGAUGAGAACCAUACUGUCAUGCCGUGAAACUAGACCUCUUUGGAUAGAUCCUAAAUCGCGCCUCCAUGUCUUCCAUGUCUUCCAUGUCUUGGAACGAAAAUAAAGUAGAAUGCUCCUGCAGCGCGCAAGGCCAUUUCCAAUGAAACGAUUUAGACUUUUUUUCUUUUUUUU